CAAGAUGGGGAAACUCAGAUUUUAGCAAAAGAACAGUCAAACGAAGUCGUAAGUAAUUUGCAUAAAAUCCUAAAACCCUUCUUGUUACGACGUAUAAAAAGUGAUGAAUAUCUGUUGUAUGCUCCAUUGACAUUGCAACAGAAAGAAUUAUACGAUGCUAUUUUGAGCAGAAACAUUCGUUCUUUUCUGCUAGCAAGAAAAAUGGGAACAAUAAAUGAUCAUGAAUCUACCGAUAUGGAAAUUGAUGGUAAAAAGAUGGUGAUAUUUCAAUUUUGUCAAAUUAUGAAUUAUAUUGUUAACAUGAUAUCAUAUUAUUCAGAAAUAGAACAAAAUAAGUCUAAUUCUGAAGAGGAAGUAAAUGAUUGUACAAAUGAAGAACAGACUGAAGACCGUAAACAGUCAUUACGUGCUUUACCACGAAAGACAUACAGAGAGGUCACAGACUUUGAAUUCUUUAAUGCUUUGGAGGUGGAAGAAUCAGAACCUGAGGUGGAUGAAGAAGAAGCAUUGAAAAAUUCCAUUAAAACUGAGUUGGACAUUAAAACUAGAAAAGCUGUAAAAUCGAUUAAUUCAAUGCGACUUCAGAAUGUGGUUAUGCAAUUACGUAAAAUUUGUAAUCAUCCAUACCUUUUCGAUUGGCCUGUUGAUAAAGAAACCGAUUUGCCGAAAGUCACCGAGGAAUUGGCAGCAGCGUCUGGAAAGAUGAUUUUGUUAGAAUACUUGCUUGAUGCCUUAUUUGAACGUGGCCAUAAAGUGCUUAUUUUUUCACAAUUCACUACCAUGCUUGAUAUAAUUGAUGAUUGGGCUACUAUAUUCAAGGGCCAAGAAGAAAGACGACAACAGAAGGCGACUGCCAAACGAAAGUUAGAAAAAUUGGUCAUUCACAAGGGCAAGUUCAAGUUGCCAACAUCACGUGACCUACCAAUAGCAAACUUGGCGGAAUUAGCUGAAAUAUUAAUGGCUGAUGAUAGUGAAAAGUUUCAAUUGGCACAACAUGGAGACGCUGUAAUCCCAGAAUCUGAUUUAGUGCGGUUAAUGGAUCGGAGUGAUGCAGCUUUCGAAAAAGUUGGUACUGCGGAGGCGCAAGAAGAAAAGGGUGUUAUGUUCAAAGUAAUCUCUGAAGUUAGAGACACAAACAAUGAUGCACUCGCACAAAUCA